UGGUUCGUGAGCAUUUGAGUGGUCGUUUGUGGUAGAGCGUUGACACCAAGUCGCUGUUCUUUCUUGAAUAUGGAUUUAUUCAGUGUCAUAUCUUGUGUUGUCGUAGAACUCCUGUCGUCGUGAUCAAGCCAGCAUCUCGCAAGGCGUCCAGUGGUACGAUUCUUUGAGUGGCAGGUAUUCGCACAGAUCAUCAUGCCAUUUUUCAUCAGGAAGAAGUCAAGUUCAAAAGUCAAGGCAAAGAAAGACAAAAAGAAGCAGCGACCAGUAGAGGCGCCAGCGGCCAAGCGUGCCCGGCUGGUCGAGGAGGAGGAUGAAGAGAUCGACAGUGAUGAGCUGGAAGAUGAGCCUGUGGCGGCUGAGGAGCCGGAGCUGUCGGAGACCGAGCUGGAGACUGCUCAGGAGAAGCGUCUCCGCCUGGCCAAGCUCUACCUGGAGGAAAUCGAGAGACAAGAGCGCGGCCGGGCCGAGUCGGAGGCGGCGGAGCGGGCCGGCCGCUCGGUGUCGGAGCGGCUACGGCAGGACGUGCUGGAGCGGAGCCAGCCGAGGGUGCGCCGGCUGCGCUGCCGCCAGCUGCAGCUGCCCGUCACCUGCGCCCUGCUCUCGCCCGACGACCGUCACCUCUACAACCGGCUCCAAGGACUGCGCCCUCAUCAAGUGGUGCCGGGAGGUCGGAAGGGCACGGAGGACAAGCACCAGGGCCACACCACGCACAUCAUGUCCAUGGCCAUAUCGUCCGACAACAAAUACCUGGUGAGUGGCGACAUGAGCCACCUGAUCCAGCUGUGGGAACCGGCCACGCUGAGCCGGCUGCACGUGUUCCGCGGCCACCGGGGCGCCGUCACCGGGCUGGCCUUCCAGCGGGGCACGCACCAGCUGUUCAGCGCCUCGGCCGACCGCAUGGUCAAGGUCUGGAGCGUGCACGACCGCUCCUACAUCGAGUCUCUGUUCGCGCCACCAGGACGGCGUCACGGCCCUGGCCGAGGAGUCGCAGGCUGGUGUUCACCGGGCCACCGCGACAGCAUCGACUGCAUCAAGCUCAUCAACGAGGAGCACUUUGUGACGGGCGGUCAGGACGGUAUGGUCUGCCUGUGGAGCGUCGCGAAAAAGAAGCCGCUGUGCUCGGUGCCGCGAGCGCACGGCCUGUACCCGGACAGCCGGCAGCCGCGCUGGGUGUCGGCCGUCGGUGCCCUCGUCAACUCUGACCUGGUGGCGUCCGGCUCGUGGGACGGCCAGGUGCGGCUGUGGCGGUGUGCGGCCGGCUUCGGCUCGCUGGCGCCGCUCAUGGCACUGCCGGCCGCCGGCUUCGUCAACGCGCUGGUGUUCAGCGCCUCCGGCGACCGGCUGCUGGUGGGCUGCGGCCAGGAGCACCGGCUCGGCCGCUGCCGGCCCCGGCACCCGCUCGUGUCUGUGAUGUAG